UCAGAUGGCUUUACUGGCAGGCCAGCGCAGCCCAUAUGCAGACAUCAUUCCUUCAGCUGCCACAGCAGGAGCAGGUGCCCUUCAUAUGGAAUAUCUCCAUGCUAUGGAUAGUGCCAGGUUCCCAAGUCCCAGGCUGCCAACAAGACCAAGUCGAAAGAGAACAUUGUCCUUAUCACCUCUGUCUGAUCAUAGUUUUGACCUUCAGACCAUGAUCCGCACAUCUCCAAACUCCUUGGUCACAAUUCUGAAUAAUUCCCGUAGCAGUUCUUCAGCAAGUGGCUCUUAUGGGCAUUUAUCUGCAAGUGCAAUAAGCCCAGCGCUAAGUUUCACAUACCCUCCCACACCAGUAUCCCUCCAGCAGAUGCAUCAACAAAUCAUCAGUCGACAGCAAAGCCUGGGCUCAGCCUUUGGACACAGCCCUCCUCUCAUCCAUCCUGCUCCAACCUUUCCUACACAGAGGCCUAUUCCCGGCAUCCCCAAUGUCUUGAAUCCUGUUCAGGUCAGCUCAGGUCCUUCAGAGGCUGCACAGCAGAGUAAACCCACAAGUGAGUCUGCAGUGAGCAGCACAGGGGACCCAAUGCAUAACAAGCGUUCCAAGAUAAAACCAGAUGAUGACCUCCCCAGCCCAGGAGCUGGAAGCAUGCAGGAACCACCUGAAGGAAUGACCUCAGUUAAGGAGGAAGGGGAGAAAGAUGAAAGCAAGCAAGAACCCGAAGUGGUCUAUGAGACAAACUGCCAUUGGGAAGGCUGUUCACGAGAGUUUGACAUGCAGGAGCAGCUAGUGCAUCAUAUAAACAAUGAUCACAUACAUGGGGAGAAGAAGGAGUUUGUAUGUCGAUGGCUUGAUUGUUCUCGAGAGCAGAAGCCAUUCAAGGCCCAAUACAUGCUAGUUGUACAUAUGAGGAGACACACAGGAGAAAAGCCACACAAAUGCACUUUUGAAGGCUGUACGAAGGCCUACUCCAGGCUAGAAAACUUGAAAACCCACUUGAGAUCUCACACUGGAGAGAAACCAUAUGUUUGUGAACAUGAGGGCUGCAACAAAGCAUUUUCUAAUGCAUCUGAUCGUGCCAAACAUCAAAACAGAACUCAUUCUAAUGAGAAACCCUAUGUCUGCAAAAUACCAGGCUGCACAAAGCGCUACACAGACCCAAGUUCUCUCCGAAAGCAUGUAAAGACUGUACAUGGCCCUGAAGCGCAUGUCACUAAGAAGCAACGUGGAGAUAUCCAUCCAAGACAUCCACCGCCAAGAGAUCAAGGCAGUCACUCCCAAACUAGAUCCCCAGGCCAUCUGACUCAGGGUGCAAUUGGUGAGCAAAAGGACCUCAGCAACACUACCUCAAAGCGUGAAGAAUGCCUCCAAGUUAAAGCUGUUAAGUCAGAGAAGCCAGUGACAUCUCAGCCAAGCCCUGGUGGUCAGUCUACAUGCAGCAGCGAACAGUCCUCCAUCAGCAACUAUGCCAACAAUGGGAUCGAGCUUAAUCUGACCAGUAGAGGUAGUGUAGGAGACCUCAGCAUCAUUGAUGAAACCCCUAUCAUGGACUCUACCAUUUCCACAGCAACCACAGCUCUUGGCUUACAGACCAGGAGGAACAUGACAGAGACCAAGUGGAUGGAGCAAAUCAAGCUAGAAAAGUUAAAACAAAUCAACGGAGUGCUUCCAAGACUGAACCCCAUGCCAUCUUCCAAAGCCCCAGCUUUGCCACCUCUCAUUGGAAAUGGUAUUCAGUCAAAUAGCAGCUGCAGUGUCGGAGGAAACAUGACUAUCUUAACCAACAAAAAUGAAGUCACAAACAUGGAUAUUACUGUAUUAAACAUGCUGAACAGAAGAGACAGCAGUACUAGCACAAUUAGCUCAGCUUACAUGAGCAGUCGUAGGUCCUCUGGGAUUUCACCUUGUUUUUCCAGUCGGAGAUCUAGUGAUGCUUCUCAGGGGGACAGAAGGCUUCAGAACCUCAGUGUUGCCGACUCCUAUGAUCCCAUUUCAACUGACGCCUCAAGGCGAUCCAGUGAAGUUAGCCAGUGUGAUGGCUUGCCUGGACUUCUCAGCCUUACUCCUGCACAGCAAUACAGGCUGAAAGCAAAAUAUGCAGCAGCUACUGGUGGACCCCCACCAACACCACUGCCUAAUAUGGAGAGGAUGAGCUUGAAAACAAGAAUGGCACUGUUGGGUGAUUCUAGGGAAUCUGGGAUGUCACCCUUGCCCCCAGUAAAUUCUCCUCGAAGAUGUAGUGAUGGUGGGACAAAUAGCUACAACAGGAGACAUCUCCUGCCACAUGAUAUGCUUGGGAAUAGCACAAGGAGAGCCAGUGAUCCUGUGAGACCAGUCUCCGAUAACCUGUCCUUUCCAAGAGUCCACCGUUUUAACAGUCUCAAUAGUUUUAACCCUCCUGCUUUGCCUCCAUCCGUGGAAAAACGGAACUUCAUCCUGAAGAAUUACACUCGCCCAGAUGUUGGUUUGUUCUGGAACUUCUGUUCCCCUUGCCCUCCAAGUAUCUCUGAGAAUGUGGCUAUGGAGGCUGCUACCACAGAAGCGGAUGGUUGUCUAAAUGAUGAAGAUCUGUUACCAGAUGACGUGGUCCAGUAUUUGAAUUCUCAAAAUCAAGGUUUGUAUGACCAAUCACCAAAUGAUGGACUAGACAACAACAAAGAACAUCACAAUCCAGUAAUGGAAAACAACAACAGCUUUGAUCAGUCCCCUCCAGCAAGCAAUUCUCAGAAAAAUGACCUACCAAUUCAGUGGAAUGAAGUAAGCUCAGGAAGUUCUGACUUAUCUCCAUCAAAAUUAAAAUGUGGACCACAAUCCUUAAUCCAGCAAACUCAAACCAUAGGCCUCUAUAAUAACAUGGUUGUCCAGCAGCAGCUGCAGCAUGCACUGGAGAGAAAUGGCGCAACUCAACAAAAUGGCUACCAGCAUCUUGUAGACAACAAUGCCUCUUGCAGUAUAGAGCAGAAUGCAAUCAUGAACAACAAUGACACAAGUUCUUACCACCUACAAUCAAGUAAAACACAGCUCUAUAGUGAUAAAUUUGGCAGACAACCUGUGGACAAUGCCUGUGAUAUGAUGAAUCAAGCCCAAAAGCUGAGAAGCCAUUUCAUGCUUACUAGUGGAAGCCAGCAAAAUUUUGGCUAUCCUGUGGUAUCAGAUGAGCAAUCUGCCAAUGUAAUUAACAGGAUGCAGAGCAGAAACAUGAUUUUCGAGGAGUACCUUCCUUAUCAGUCAGUAGAUGAAGUGAGUCAUUGCCAAGAAGCAAAACAUUCCAAUAAAAUGAUAGAGCAAAUUAUAGUUCCCUCACAACCUAGCUAUCAAGAACUGCUGAAUUGUCUGCCACUGUCUCAGAAUGGGAUCCAGCCAUCAGUUCUGGCCAAAACCUACCAAUCCUAUGCCAACCACUGUGGAGACAGAUGGCAAAACACUUUAAGGAAUAACAUGGUGAGGCAACAAGGACUUAUAAUGGAUGCCAACCAACCACACAGGGUCACUGGCAUCAAGGUAGAAUCUCAAGGUCAGUUACAACAGUUCUGCUCUAAUGUGCAGAAUUAUUCUGGUCAGUUAUAUGACCAAACCACAGGGUUUAAUCAGCAAGCUCUGAAAGCAGAUGCUUUCUCCCUUUCAGAAGCAAAUUACCUGAUACAGGAGACAGCUGUUGAAAGUUCAUCAGAGCUUCUCUCCCCAGGGGCCAACCAAGUGACAAGCACAGUUGACAGCAUUGACACAAGCAGCCUUGAAGGUGUGCGGAUUGAUUUUGAUGCUAUCAUAGAUGAUGGUGAUCAUGCCAGCUUAAUUUCAGGAGCCCUGAGCCCCAGCAUCAUUCAAAAUCUAUCUCGCAAUUCUUCCCGUCUCACCACUCCCCGAGCAUCUCUUACAUUCCCAGUUAUGCCCAUAAGUACAACCAAUAUGGCUAUUGGGGACAUGAAUUCUUUGUUGACUUCACUUGCAGAAGAAAGCAAGUUUCUUGCUGUUAUGCAAUAGACAUAACUUAGGGUAUGAAAGUUUUUAAAAUGUAAUUUUUGUUAGUUGUCUUAAGUACUUUAACAAUCUCAUCUCACCUAAAUGAGAUGUGUUUCAAGUAUAUUCCUUUUAUGGAAUAAGAACUCUGAAAAACCCUAAAGUGUUCUAGGGAGAAACUGUCUUCCGUUUCAGCUUUGAAUCAGUAUUGUUACACAUGCCAUUCCUUCUUUUUUAUUAUUUUAUUUUUUGUAUGAAUUUUUGUUUUUAUUUUUGUAAUUGUAAACCAGUGUAAAUGUGUAAUGUGCAUGUUAGUUUAUUUUUGAGGAGGAUCUAAUAUUACAACUUACUGCUACCCAAAAGAAAAUACAGUUUCGAAUGAUUGUUGCCAGAACUCUUAUGUAACCAAUUUCUAAGGCACAUUACUGAGGAGAUAUAUUGAGCUGAAGUUUGAAGUUCCAUCCACCAAACUUCAUUGGCAAGAAUUGUUGAAAGCAAAGUGAACUAAUUUAUGAUGUGGGAGGGGAAAAUUAGUACUUUGAGGGGUUAUUUCUUCUGCUCUAUAUCCGUGGUUUUUAAACUUUUUAUCUUUGAGGAAAGAACCCUUUUCUAUAUCGUUUUGCCUGCUGCAGAAUUUUUUCAGAAUUUUCAUGCAAAAAGUUGGCUUCCCCUGUUGGAUUUCAUCAUUGUCAUGUGUAAACUAAAAGCAUGAUUAAGUUUACAAUGGAUUAUAUUACAGGGAGAAAAUCAAAGGCAAUGAACAAGUUGCCAUUCUGGGAAUUCUGCCUACUGUUACUAAUUUUCACAUCUUUCUAAUACGCUUCCAAAGAAGUCUAAGGUUGUCUAGAACUCAUGGUAAAAAUGACUGGUCUGGGCUGAGAAAAUAGAUAACUAAAAUUAAACCUGAAAUUUAUCCCAAUAAAAAUUAAGAGUUUAAAAUGGGGAGAGGAGAGGGUUAAGCAUUAGAUGCCCUGCUCUUAUAAAAAAAAAUAGUUUUGCUUUUUAUCCACAAGGGUAAAAUGAUAAGCCUCACACUUUUUUAUAUAUGUUGCAAUGUGGACGUUAAGCAUGACAACAUACACCUAUUAGGAUAAACAUACCACUCUUCCACCUCUAUUAUAAAUCUCCUUAUCUGACACUUAAAUUUAAAUAAAACAUGCACUUUUAAGGAAGAAUUAAUAUUCUUGUCAUGUGAUUUGCAUACAUAUAAGAAUUCAGGAGUUGUGUCUUUUAAAACAUUUUAUUCCUUGUAAUCACUGUUCAUUUACUACUGGAGCAUUAGACUAUAGCUUCAAAAUAAUGUAAUGGUGCUAUAAAUGUCUCAUAUUUGAAACCCCUGUUAAAACUCCAUUUCUUGGAGAUGUAGGAAGAGUCGACACUGUGACCAUCCUUGUUCCCUGACCCAAGCAAGAAUUUCAAAGCUUUUAGUUGUUCAGCCAACCACAGGCAAAUCCUACAUGUUUUGUGUCUGAUAAUAUGAAUGUGCUAUACAGUACAUUGAUGCAUAUAGUAUUUAAUAUAGUAAAAGCAGACAGUCUUGAUCAAAGGAAAGCAAUAGCAAAACAAAAACAUUAUAUGUAGAAGCAUUAGCUUUUGAUAUAGUAAGACCAGAACUGAUAGUGCUUCCACGUGCUUCCAGUGAUCUACACUAAUAGAUGUCUAUCCAAAAUAUUUAAAAUGUUAUUCAUUCUUUGAGGUUUGGCAUAUGGUUUAUCAUAUCUUGAUAUUUCACGUUAUACUUUUAUUGCUCCAAGUAAUCCAAUUUCUUGAGUUAGCUUAGCAUUUGCAGCUAAUUUAUUUAUCUCCAUCUUCUCAUUUGUCACUGCUGUUUUAGUUAUUUUUUUAGUCUUACUACACAUUCCAAAACAAAUUAGCACAGUAAGUUUCAUUUAUUUAGUAUAAUGGCUCUAAUGUGUAUAUUCUCUAUGGCAGCAAAGGCUGCUUCCUAAUAUUUCAGGCAAAUAAUAAAAUGAUUAAAAACCCAGUUCUGGAGAUUGUUUCACAACUCAGGAGUUUUAAUGAAGACUUUAUUGUUCCAUAUUCCCCAAAAACUUCCAUUGCUGUUGGACUGAGACCGUGCUGGUGGAUUUGAAAUGGUAGGCUUUGCUAAACAGCUAUAUUACUUCUCAGUUAAUCAACUGUGUCAGAAUUAUACCAUGUUUUCUGCAUUCAAUUUCUUAUGGGUAGGACUCAGGAAAUAUUACUGUACUGUACUUGAACCUAUCGAUUGGGUCCUGUCAAAUGAGAUAGUUGGGAUAUUUUUACAUAAUUCUCUGUCCAGUAAGACCUGGACAGUUGAAUUCUAAUCCAACCACUGCAUUAUAGCCACCAAAAUACGUUUUUUAUGAUAGCACUCCACAGAUGGGCUAUAACUUUUGAAAACACUUAACCAUGUGGAUACCCCAGACUGUGAUGACAAUUUUUGGCUGAUACUGGUGGAUAAAUUUUCUGCUUAAUUGUGGGUAUCCCUCUGGUGAAUACUUUUAUUUAUUUUUAUUAUUUACUGUGGGUUAGAUCCAAACUGGGACUUACUUAAAAUAGACACAUUGAAAUCAGUGGGACUGAAUAAUUAAGUCUGAAGUCCCAACUCAAAAUGUAUAAUAUUGUAUUUCUUUCUGAGUUUAGCGAUAGCUGACAGAACCAUGUAAAAUUAACAUUAAAAUUGUAAUUUUACCCAUUGCAGCUCUUAUGCAGAGUAAUGCUUGUUUACCGAAAGUACUUUAAGUAUUAAGUUAUAGCAACUGAUCUAAGUUACUGGAGAAGCUAUUUUUUCCUACUAUUCAAAUAUUCUUUCAUAAGAUCCAUGUGGAAGACAGAUGUAUUUAUUGUUAUGCCUUCAUUUCCAUUAAAAAGAUUGCUCAUUAUGGUACACUGAAGUAACAAAAGGGAGUGACAAAUUUCGAAUUACUAUCAUUCCAAUAAUUCAGUUUUGUAAAAUAUAUAUCUAAAUCACAUCAUUCCAUCAAGAUGAGAGCAGGUGUAAGCUCAGUGCUCUUUGACAGUUGCUGUUGUUUUGCUUUGUUUUGCUUCAUAUUUCCUUAAUUGCAACCCCUCACACAGUGGCCAUUUUCUCAGUCCCUCUAAACUGGUCUUGGGAAAUACUGAGGCGAAGGGCUUUAGUUGGUGAGUAGUUGGAACUUACUGCAAAUCUUCUGGACCUAGAAGCUAGAACACCACAAUAGCUCAACAAUCAUGGAAAUUUUAUCUUCCCAAAUGCUUGUUAAGAUAAUACAUCUGAGACUCUUUCACAAGAUUCCUAAGUCCAUUAGAAUUUAGGCUGAUUCUCAAGAACCAGUGUUUUGUUAGUAAUGUGUUGUAUUUUUUGUAAUCUCUAUAUAACCUGAUUCUUCAGAAUGGUUUAGACUACAAAUAUGAACCAGAAAUAUUUAGUUGUAUACCUCAUGCUAUGCAUCACCUAAUAAUCUAGUGAUACACUACAUGCAGUUUGCCUAAAUAAUAACCACCACUUGCUCAGCCAGUUAUGAAAGUGUGUUCCAUUUGUACAUUUGGUAGGAAUUUUAACAGCAGCAACUUUAACUGGGUAAUGUAAACAUUAUUAUAAAUCUGUCUUCCCAAACCUUGUGCCCUUCAGAUGUAUCUGACUACAAUAUAAUUCUCCAAAUGACUGAGACUGUAUUCAAAAACAUCUGGAAAAAAUCAGAUUUGGGAAUGGUACUGUAUACGUUUAAUUUCUGUCACCAGAAACUAACUGUUGAGUUUUAUAUGAAAUGUUCCUGGAUAAAGCAGUUUAGCUUUUCUUCAAUGGAACUUUUCCUUUCCUUCUCUGAUGUAGAUUUGUCACUUAUAUACAAGUAGGUACUGUUGAAUUAACAAAAGAUAUGUUAGGAUAAACCUAACUUGUCAGUCUAGAGCAGUAUUCAAGAAAUAAGCCUAUGAGAUCAUUGGAGUUUUAAGGAAAUAUGGCUAGGCUCAGACAGGAAGGAGCUUUCCAGAAUGGAACAGAACCCAACACUAUGCACUUAUAUAAGACAGCAGUUUAGACUCUUAAUUCUUACUAAAAGAAAAUUGUGAUAUGGUACUAUGUUUAAAAAUGCUGGUUUCUUGGCAUUAGUUAUUUCUGUUUUGGAUGUGAUUUUUGAAGACAAUAUUGGAUAAAUCAUAGACUAGUCAUCCUGCAAUCUUUUGCAAGACCUCUUUUUAUGUUCUGUAAAAAGCUGUGUUUCUCUUCCUGUAAUAGAUGUGCCUUAUUCUUAAUUAAUCUGAUUUUUAAAAAAGUUGGGGGACCAAAAAAUAGUGCCAAAUUUUAACUGUAAAGCUUUGCUUUCCAUAAUAGCUUUACCGCUCUUAAGAAGACUGUCUGAAUACUGUCUUGUGAGUCUUGGGCAUUCACAUGUCAUUAUCUGUGUUAGGAAUUGAGUAUCUUAUUUGGGAAAGUUAACUUGUCAAUCUGCAGAUGUGUAAGAUAGAAAUGUGUGUUGGGGGGGUGGUAUUUUCUUUUUACUUUUAUAAGAAGUGUAUUCUUUUUUUAAAAAAAAUGUGUAAAUACAUUUACAUAUAGUAGGAAUAGUAUUAAAUGUAGAAGACCUUAGUGGUCUUCAUUUGAUAAAUUUGCAUUUAUGAUCUAAUGUUCUUGGGAGCUUUAGAUCAGCCUAAACAGUCAUAGUGCUGUGUACAUAUAAACUGUACUUAGGCUUUCAAAAUCAUUUAGCUCUUUUGUAAUGAGGG